AAGAAAAAAAAUUAUUAUUCGAGUGUUAUCAACAGAGUUGAUUUGAACGUAUCGUGUGUUGUGCAGUGUUCAGCGCACAGUAGUAUCCGUGAUCCACAGCAGACGCCUACUUCCCCAGCAUUAAAUCCCCCCUGUGCACAGCUGAUUCACAAGAAAAAAAAACAAGAUUUAUAAUUGUUUUGCUCCGUUCGUUAUCAUUAUAAUUGUGUUAUACGUGUCACCCUAACCAGCCUCCUGACACAGUGGAUAAUCAUGUCCUGUACAAGUGACUUAUCACGAUCUAAGGAAUAUCAGAGUUUUCGGAGCUCGGUUCCACUCCGAAAAAUUGUUGUUGACAGCGAUGGGGCUAAGGGAUGGAAAGUCUACGACUCCGGCCCGAAGACUAUCAAAUGUCCUCUCAUAUGUUUACCACCUGUCAGUGGUACGGCUGAUAUAUUUUUCAAACAAAUACUCAGUCUAGCUGCCAAACGUUAUCGUGUCAUAUCCGCUGAACCACCAGUCUACUGGAGUGUCAAAGAAUGGUGUGAUGGAUUCAGAAAACUAUUGGAUUAUCUAGAGUUGGACAGGGUUCAUCUUUUUGGAGCUUCAUUAGGAGGUUUCCUGGCACAAAAAUUCGCAGAGGUCAAUUCUCAUUGCCCCAGAGUUGAGUCUUUGGUGUUGUGUAACACAUUCACUGACACGACUGUUUUCAGUUACAAUGAUUCAGCCGCUAUAUUCUGGAUACUACCAUCUUUAGUACUUAAAAAAAUGUUGAUGGGAAAUUUUUCGACUGAAAAAGUUGACGGAGAGAUGGUUGACGCGAUUGACUUCAUGGUGGAACGACUAGAAAGUCUGAGUCAACCGGAACUAGCAUCACGACUGACUAUGAACUGUGUGAGCAGUUAUGUUCAACCUCAUAAAAUGGGCAACGUACCAGUAACGAUAAUUGACGUUUUCGAUGAAUAUGCAUUGUCCAAUGUUGUGAGAGAGGAAAUGUACAAGUGUUAUCCGAACGCUAAACUGGCGCAUUUGAAAAGUGGCGGCAAUUUUCCAUACUUGAGCCGUUCUGCUGAAGUUAAUUUGCAUCUACAGAUUCAUCUCAGACAAUUCGAAGAGUCCGAAUAUGCAGCGUCCAACAGGACUGAGCCAAUACCGGAUACUGUGGUCACAUAAGCCCUUCGCAAAAAUCAGACUUCAAUGGAACUGUCCCAGCUAACAUACCAAGCAAGCUUCCUCCCCACGUGGCAUGCUGACCCCUUCUCGCCAUGGAAUGACAAUACCAACCUGCAUACCACCAAUUGCUCCAACAAUUGAUGACGUAUCCCAGGUCAGCUUCAAAACAGAAGCCUGUAAACAAUCCCAGCUGUCCAUGACGAACGCAAGCAAAAUUAUACAUACUCUAUCCAUUAUUUUUAUACAUUCGUUAUGUUACAUUCCUUUAUGUAGCAAUUUACUUUCCUAAGACAAAUGCCUAGUCGUUUAUUCACAAUGAGAUGAAUUUUUUUUAUUACGAAUGAAUUAUUUUUUCAAUCGCAGAAAAUUAAUUCAUCACUGAAUAUGUACAUAAGUAAUCAGAUGCAAUAUGCAUGUGUAAGAAUUCGGCAUGAAUUUGAGAAAUAUACGCAUAUAAUUUUUCUAUUGAAAUUCCA